UAAACCUUAUUUAAUAGUUAGUGCGAAGUGGAAAGGGUGCUCUCGCAGUAUUGCUUGCAUCCGGGGCGGAGUCGAGCAGCAGUGUGUCAAGAACGGGACCAAGACAGGACUUGGGUCCCAUGGAUUCCGAAACACUCAGGACUCAGGAGGAAGAAGGGGCGGAACAUCUAUUCCAACGCUUGCAGGAGUCCUCAGAUGACGCCUCCAUACAUUUUGAUAUUGGUGUGUUCUUAUGGGAAAAAGGAAGAGAAGGGAAGGAAAAAGCGGCUGAAUAUUUUAUACAAUCGGCCAAAUUAAACCCUAAGAAUGGGCUAUCUUUCAAAUAUCUAGGCCAUUAUUACGCCAACGUUUCCCUUGACAUUCCGAGAGCUAUUAAGUGUUACCAACGAGCUGUUGUUCUCAAUCCGGAUGAUUCUGAGUCUGGGGAAACUCUGUGCAAUUUACUUGACCAAUGUGGAAAUGAUAGUUUAGAGGUGGUCGUAUGCCGGGAAGCUUCUGAAAUGUCACCGAGAGCUUUCUGGGCUUUCCGAAGAUUGGGUUUCUUGCAGGUUCACAAAAAGAAAUGGUGUGAAGCUGUUCAGAGUCUUCAACAUGCCCUUAGAGGCUAUCCUACAUGUGCUAAUUUGUGGGAAGCUCUGGGUCUUGCUUAUCAGCGGCUGGGCAGGUUUACUGCAGCUAUAAAGUCUUAUGGCCGUGCGAUUGAGUUGGAUGAUACCAUGGUUUUUUCUCUGGUUGAAAGUGGAAAUAUCUCUUUGACUCUUGGUUCAUUUAGCAAGGUACGCUAAGCUAAUUACUAGUCAUUAUCCUGUUGCCUUUCCCGACCAACUUUGUUGUUUUCAGUGGUUGAAAGUGGAAAUAUCUUUAUCACAUUUGGUUCAUAGCUUGUUCCUCUUUUUCAUUAGACUGCAAAAUGUAAGCUAUUUGUUCUCGUGAUAGAGAAUUCUCAUACAAGUAGUGAAAUACAAUCUGGUUUCAGCCUUGAAAAAUAGUUAGGUAUUUUUUCCUUGUCAGUUUUCUGUUAAAGUCAUUUAUAACUGUCAUUUGUUAGACAGCUAUAACUGACCUCUUGGUGAUAUUCUGCAGUAUACAUAGGCAUUGUAACAGAAGUUCCUCAUUUGUGAAAAUUUUUCCUUUGAUACAAACUAAUAGAUGGAUUCUAGGGCUUUUAGUUAGCAUUAUCUGGUUGGACUUUGAAUUUG